AUGGUAAAUAAGUUGAAGCACACAGACUGUGAUCCAAUAAAACUCAAAUGGGAUUCUCUAGGAUGGCAAGUAGAUCAAGCAAUCCUUUCAGAGGAGGAUCGCGUAGUGAUUAUUCGCUUUGGUCACGAUUGGGAUCCUACAUGUAUGAAGAUGGAUGAGAUUCUGUACAGCAUUGCAGAGAAAGUCAAGAACUUUGCUGUUGUUUAUCUGGUUGAUAUUACCGAGGUUCCAGAUUUUAACAAGAUGUAUGAAUUAUAUGAUCCCUGCACAACCAUGUUCUUCUUCCGUAACAAACACAUCAUGGUUGAUCUGGGUACUGGUAACAAUAACAAGAUCAACUGGGCCCUUGAUGACAAGCAAGAAAUGAUUGAUUUGGUUGAGACUGUGUACCGUGGAGCACGAAAAGGUCGGGGUUUGGUGGUGUCUCUCAAGGAUUACUCUACAAAAUACAAGUAUUAA